AUGCUUACGAAGCAACUGUCUCAAGUUGCGAUAUCGCUGGGAGAGCUGAGAGGCAACGAAGGAAAGAUCCAUGCCACUGUGCAGCCACCUGGUCGUGAGAACAUUAGCGAAGUCUCCCUAAGGUCAGGGAUGGUGUACCAGAGCCCUAGCCCACCUGUGACGUCUCCAGCAUCUAUGUCUGGACCGAGCCGUGAAGAAGAAGGCGAAUCCAGUGGAGCGGAUCUAGCGAAAUGGAGAGAAAAAGGCAAAGAGAAAGUGGGAGGUGAAGCCUCAAAAGAAAGACAAGAAGCAGAAGCUGAGAAGGUUAAGCCAUAUCCAUACAGAGGAAUGGACACCAGGAAGAGAGAUGCCACAAUCGACGUGGCGAGUAUGUUCAAAAAUAUGGAAGUCACGGUGCCGUUCUUGACGGCGUUAAAGAUGCCCCCGAUCAAUAAAUUCAUCAAGGACUACCUGGCGGGUAAAGUCAAUAAAGAAGGGAGACUAAUUACAGAGGAAAACGUCUCUGCCGUGAUCCAGCGGAGCGACCUUCCCUCAAAGAAGACUGACCCAAGGAUGUUCACGCUCCAAAUUUCAAUCGGAGAUAUUCAAGUGGAGCACGCCAUGUGCGAUUUGGGGGGGUCUAUCAAUGUUCUGCCGUACUCCAUUUAUAAGAAGCUGGGAGAGGCCAAGCUCGUCGAUACUGAUAUAAUGAUACAGUUGGCCGACAUAUCGUGUAUUCACCCCGAGGGAAUUCUGGAAGACGUGAUCAUGAAGGUGAAUAACUUUCUGUACCCAGCUGAUUUUUUCGUAAUCAAGAUGACAGAGUCAGCAGCAAGGGAGUCAAGUGGAGUCCUGCUGGGAAGGCCAUUCCUGUCUAUGGCAAGCACUAUAAUAGACGUCCGUAAUGGGACGAUAAGCUUGGAUUUCAAUGGAGAGCAGUUCACGUUCAACAUUGAUGAAGCUAUGAAGAAACCCCCAGAUAGUGAGAACGUGUACUCAGUAGAUGUGACUGAGCCAUUAGUGCAGGAGUAUUUGGAGGAAGAAUUCCUACAGAGGCAGUUCACUGACUCCGCUGUAGAUGAAAAGGUCGAGAGAGAAGUCGCAGAAUGGUAUGGAACCAUGAAAGUCAGAGAAAUGGAUGAUCGAGCCAUCGCGAAAGCGAUGAUGGAUUUCUGCGAGCGCCCGCGACCAGCUGGGUCAAGCGGGAAAGCGCAAGUGUCUAGCCUAGAAAAGCUGCCUGAUCAAGGCAAGUCAAUGAGAAAGGAAGCAGAAGAAAACCCUCUGCCUACUGAAGAACCGAAACCCGCAAGGGAAUUGAAGCCCCUUCCAGCACAUUUGAAGUACGCCUACCUAGGGGAGGAGGAAAUGAAGCCUGUCAUUAUCAAUAGUCAGUUGACCCAGGGGCAGGAAGACAGAUUGCUGGAAGUGUUGAGAAGAAAUCAGAAGGUUACUGUUGGAAGCUGA